AUGACCGACACACCAGACGCUCCAGCCACGGCAUCGCCGCAGGGUAAAUCUAUCGUGGGGCAUCUUCAAGACUGGGGAUCUUCAUCCCUCCCCCCAGCUCUUCUAGCAACCCUCGUCACGGCUCUUCACGCCCGUCCUCUCCAGAAACUACCCCUCUUCCUCUUCACCCCCCCUCUGCUGUUUGCAUCGUACCUCAAUCUAUCGGGAUACCAAACCGGUAGUGCUGGCCUCACGGCCGCCUGGUCAGGUCUGUACGCGCUGCUCGCCCUGAGAAGACGCCAACCCUUCAAAAGCAAGUUUUCGGCGAGGGGGCUCGUCAGAGGGACGGCUAUUGGGCUGGGGACGGGGAAUGCCAUUGCCGGUGGGUGGGUGUACUUUGGGGGUGAUUUUGCGAAGGAUGAGGAAGAGAGGAUUAGGAGGAAUAGAUGGGGGCCUAAGGAUGAGUAG